AUGGCAUUUUCGUGGAAAUCGGCCGGGCUCACAUACAACCGCUACCUCGCCGUUUCCGCUCGUGCUGUCCGCCGAUCUCUCAAGGAAGCGCCCCGCGCCCAGGCUGAGCGACGUGGGGAGAUGGAUUUGAAGUUUUCGCAAUGGCAGAAUGGGAAACAAGGAGAAGUAAAUCAGCUUUCCGCGUCGUCGGCUGCGGAGACCCAGGCUGCCACUGCUGGGUCUAAAUAG